AUCGCCGUGAGCAUACACACUCCCGAAGGCCCUCUCGCAGAGCAUGGUGUCCAGAGUCUGUCGCGUUUUGGCCGCAUCAACACCUACAUCCCCGUCCCUCCACCUUCGAUCCCGCCAAACUCAACCACCGGCCAGCCGCAGCAGUCGACUUUUGCCGUCUCCAUCACUCUCCUCACACAGGGCUUGAAGGUCCCCUACUCAACUCCGCGCCCCACACCUACCAACCCCAACCCCAAAGGCGUCUAUGUUGGCCCUCAAUCUGCUGGCAUGACUAGAGGUCUGCCCAGAAAGGAGCCUCCACCCAUCGAUCCCGAGACUGGCAAACCCCAAGUCCUCAUCCCGCCUUAUCAGCCCCGCACCUCAUCACCCAACGAAACCAUUGCUGCAUACAUCUACUUCGACGGCCGACAAAAAGAGGAGGUUGCCACGCUACUCCGCAAGGGUGAAGAGACUUGGGUAAACUCAAGAUGGGUCAGCAUACCUGACAGCGAAGGAGGUGGCCUUGCUGAGCGCGAGUUCCUCUUCCGCGAAGUUGGUCUGGAACGCUGGCUCAACGGACUAGAUCUGACGAGCACCGAUAAGGAAGCCAAAGCCGCUCUGAUCGACAAGCGCAGAAAGAAGUUUGAGAAGAUGCGCCAGCGCGAGGAAAGAAAGAGAGAGAUCAAGAGAGAGGACAGUGAUGACGAGGACGACCAAGACAAGCCCCGCUACGACCGUAACACGGUCCUGCGUUAUGGCGAAGACAAUGGCGCCCCGACCGAGGCCAUCAUGCAAGACGACGAAAUGUCCGAUUCUGAUUCAGAUUCCGACAUGCCUGAAAGCGAAGCUGCUGGUCAGAUUAAGAUCGUCCUCUUCCGCGUCCUUGCUUCCGGUGAGAUUAAGCGUGGAGAGUACUCGCCGCAAUUCGACGUCCACGAUGAUGAAGGCACCAAUAACGACGGAGCCGAAGAUGAGGAUGUCGACCAUACUACUGGCCUUGACAAGCCCAAGACUCUUGAUCCGAAGAGCAUUAGCACCCAAACAGUCACCGGCAUUGACNCCCCGGAUAGUCCUUUUGCUACCUUUACUUUCUAUUACCGCAGUCCCAGUAUAANNCAACUCGAGAAGAUGGGCGUCAUCGCACCANGCCGCAAGAGCUCUUCGACCGUGACGAGAAAGCGUAGCACUGAUUUCUCGAAACUUGGGCCCCUGAAGAAUCAAGGCACUAAAGGCUUCUCAAGCUACCGUGAUCCUGCUGCUCGUGCCAAUCGCAAGGGCUCAAAGAACGCCGAUGCCAUGGACAGCGACGAAGAAGACGAAGAGCCAGGUGCUCGUGACGAGAUGGACGAUGCUGAUGUUAAAGAUGAAAAUGGCAAUCCCUUGAUCUUGACUGAGGAAGACCGCCAGCGCCAGGAAGAGAUGGCUGAGGGCGUGCGCCACAUCAAGCUCAAGCGUCAGCACUCGGGCGAGUUCAACAACCCUACUCCAAGCAAAUCCCNNCCCCACAUUGGUGCUUCAGCGGCACACAUCACCGACAAUUCGACCUCACCUAGUGACAAGGCCAGCCAAAAACUGCUUGCCGAGCCCUCGGACGCAUACGCCGAGAGCCCUCUCAAGAAGCAACGUCCGAGCUUGGGAGCUGUAGACGCCAGUCCUUUGGGCAAGCCCAGCCUCACGGGGCCCAGUUCUGCACCCACCACCCACCCUUCUGCAAUUGGAGCUUCGCCUCUCUCUGCAAGCACAUCGAUGCCUCAGUCUCAUCCUACUCAACCACCCUCAUCAGCUCAAGCCAUCGACGAGGAUGAAGAGCUG